AUGCCUCAUCAAGCUAUGACAGUUUUAGAUGGAUUUGAAGAUUUACAAUUUGAUCUAUAUGACACAGAGAAAGUAAGGGCAACUCAAUUGAUUCAAUAUAGUUUUGUCUAUGUCAUGGUGAAUCCACGAUUAGAAUCAUUCACAGAAUGUUUUGAAAAUGUUCCAUCAACACUUAUGAAAUGUUUUAACCUUAAAAUUCAAGUCUUUAAUAAAUCUUUAGUGGAACUGGCAUCUGUACGAACCGGGGUUUCACAUCAAGAAGUAAAAUUGUACGAUACUAACCACGUCCAUCAAUUAUUUCCAAGUGUUAAAGCAUUGGAGUGGAAUAAUUUUAGUUUUAAUAAUCAUAAGAUUCCAGAAUCAAAUAUUAAAACAUUGUCAAGUCAAAACUUGAGAGUAAUGAAAAUUCAACUGUGUACCUAUGGUGAUGCUAAAGAAUAUUAUGGAUUUGAAAAUUUUUCAUUCCCAAACCUAAAGCAUUUGAGAAUUCAAGUUCGUGAAUAUCCAAAAGAUUCAUUAGUUGAACUCAAGAACAACGAGUACAGAUUUUACCAUGAUGACCAGUAUAAAGGUUUAUUUAUACCAAAAAAACAAUUUUUCAAAUUAUCAUUCAAAUCAUGCAAAUUCCCCUUGUUGAAUUAUUUCACACUAAGUUCAAAUGCAAAGAUUGAAUGCAUCUCAAAUUGUGAAUUUCCAAAACUAGAACGUCUUCAAUUUAAUAAUAAUUUUUUGCUUUUGAUUGAAGAUACUAACUUUGAGCUUUUGAAAAAUUUGGUCAUUAAUCCAACGAUAAAUCUCAUGAAGGUGAAUCAUAGUUCUGCAGGAUUAUUGAAAGAAGAUCAGUUUGAUAUAAGAGGACUUAGCGGUAUGGUAAAGAAGUUUUGUGACAUGCAUGGAGUAGCCAAAUCUAAAAUCAAAUGUUUCCCAUCAUUUAUAGUAAAUAAUGUUAAGCUUGACUCACUUGAAACUUUGCAAGUCCCUCAUUCAAAUUCUCUAUUAGGAUUUGAUGAUGGAUUUUUAAGUGGGAAGUCAAUUGAACCUAUCAUACAUCCUGAUCCACCUACAGGUUAUGUUGUUACACCAAGAGCAAAUGAAAAAAGAAAAACUACUUCUAAUUCAAGCUCUUCCAAUCCAUGA